AUGUUCCGCAUCAUACGGGCCCUCGUGCUCGUCGUCGCGCUCGUGGCCAUCCUCGUCGCGUCUUCGCCUACCCCCGUACUCACCAACGCCCGCGCCAUCCAGGAGGGCAAGCCUCUCCUCCGCCCCCGCGCCGUUCCCCAGUGUUUCCCGGGCGCCAACGGCUGCGCUGCCGCGCGCGACAUGCGCGCCCAGCGUGCUGCUCGUCUCGCUGCUGACCCCUUCAUUCUCCACCGCCUCCGUGGCGAGUCCCUCGCCUCGCUGUUCGGCAAGCGCGACGUCUCUGGCUUUUCCAACACGUGUGCUGAGGUGGACCUCGAGCACAGUACUGGCACGGGUCCGGUGCUGGUUGCUAUGUGCCAGACGGAUGCUGGAGAGAGCACGCAGACUUCCCUGGGUCUGUCGUCUAUCCUCAUGGCCCACGACGACGGCAAGCUCCUCUGCGUCCCUGAAGACAAGAUCUACCAGCACAUGUCCAUCGCCAAGAAGUGCGCCGACUGCGCCAUGUCGGGCUCGGUCAUCUCGUGCCUCUGCCUUGGGUCAACUGGUUUUGUAGUCGACACGUACGUCGACCUCAACACGUGUGUUGGGAACAGUAACGGCCAGCUCAAGUAG